GAACAUAAUGUUGAAGGGGGCGGUACCCCACGACAUUACCCCGAUGCUGUAUGGUGCAAACUUGUUUGCAUACAAGAAGAAAGAUAGUGGGAUUCGCCCCAUUGCAGUGGGAACAAGCCUGCGGCGUGUGUUUUGCCGCAUUGUGACUUUCAGGUUACGUCACUUGAAUAAAAAGUUGCAGCCAAUCCAGCUGGGUUUCGCAACGAAAGGUGGUGUGGAGGCCGCUGUCCAUGCCGCACGCAGUUUUAUCGAAGAUGCUGCAAUUCUGGACAAGCCACAGGUUUUCCUUAAACUAGAUGUCAAGAACGCCUUCAAUUCCCUUGACCAAAACUACAUACUUAAAUCUGCCGAAGAGUUCAUGCCGGAGUACUACAAGUUUGUGUGGCAGUGCUACGGUGAACCAUCAAUACUGUUACACGGCAAGUACAGUGUAUCUUCACAGGCGGGCAUCCAGCAAGGAGACCCUCUAGGCCCGCUACUGUACUGCCUUGCAACUACUGGACCUCACAAACGCCUGAAGUCGAAGCUGAAAGAGUGUUUUCUUGACAAUGAUGCGCUCGGCGGAGACCCUGAAGAUGUCUUUGACGAUCUCCGCUCACUGCAGGAGGCGCUACGAGUGCACUGGCUAACGCUUAAUAUAGCAAAAUGCGAGCUGAUGGUUAUCGGAGGCUCCGAGAAAGAACGCCAAACUGUGUACGGCGCGUUUCUUCAUGCGUACCCAGACCUGCUUUGUCCCCAGCUGAAGGAUCUGCAUUACCUCGGUGCGCCAAUUCAUGAUGAUGCGGUUGCAGGCGCACUAGUCAGUGUUACGGAGGUAAUCGCCCGAAUGACAAAGCGGCUAAAUCUAAUACCGGCCCACCAGGCUCUGUACUUGUUAAGAUGCAGCAUGGGCACAGUAAAGCUGAUCUAUAAACUGCGCGCCAGCCGAUGCUACCAACAGAAAGCCCUGUUAAAAGCAUUUGACGAUAUCAUUCGCCAAAGUUUGACUAGCAUUACCAAUGUCAACAUUACUGAAGGCAUAUGGAUGCAGGCAUCUCUUCCGAUAAUAGAAGGCGGUCUCGGAAUUCGAAGCGUCGAAACGCUUGCCCUUCCGGCCUUUCUGGCCUCUGCUUAUUCGGUGGCUCCAUUAACAUCGGAAAUUAUCGAGUUCCAACCACAGAUCUACUGUCGUGAUGCUGCUGCAGAAUGGCAAGAAGUAACCCAACUAGACCUCCCACACCAUGACGCGCGACCGGUUCAGAAGGUAUGGGACAAUCCUAUUGUCCAAAACACCGUUGAACGAUUACGAACGGUAGCUGGGAACGACAUCUCCGAACAGGCAAGACUGAACGGUGUUAGCACGAAAGAAAACGGCGCAUGGUUGGGUGCGCUUCCGGCUGCCUCCCUUGGCAACCUCCUUACAGACUCAGCUGUACGAAUCGUCGUUGGUUUACGGCUUGGAGCACCGAUCAUCACCCCACACCGCUGUGUAUGCGGUGAGUGGGCGGAUGCCCGCGGUUACCACGGCUUAAGCUGCAAAAAAAGCCGCGGACGAAUCCCUACGCAUAAAUGCCUUAACGCCAUUGUGAAGCGCAGCCUCGCAUUGGCUGGCUUUGAACGCGAACUAGAGCCACAAGGUAUCUUCCCUACAGACAGCAAGCGCCUAGACGGCGUUACCUUGACACCAUGGGAGAGAGGACGGAUGUUGGCAUGGGACGCAACGUGCGUCAAUACAAUGGCCAUAUCGCACAUCGUCGCGACUUCCACACGAGCGGGAGCAGCAGCAGCACAGGCCGAGCAGGGCAAGAUCGAGAAAUAUCGCGAUAUCGGCCAGGACUACCUAUUCCGUGCUCUGGGCUUUGAGACGCUCGGACCACCCGGACCGGAAGCUGUCCGAACAAUAACGGAAUUCGGACAGAAAAUACGUCAGGAAACCGGCGAAAAACGAGCCACGGAAUAUCUUCGCCAACGGAUCAGUAUCGAAAUGCAGCGAGGAAAUGCUGCAUCGAUCAUGGGGACGGCGCCGAUGGGAGCGAAUUUAGACCAAAUUUUCUGUGUGAUUAGGCCGCCGCUGUCGAUUGAUGCUUAAUGAAUGAUAGUUUCCAAAGCUUUUGUUAAAAGUACUCGUGUUGUAAUUUGUAGAAAUAUAAACUAGUACUUAA